UAAGAUGGUCACUGAUCCCAUAAAAGAAAUCAGUCUCAGCCAGCGAUAGUGCCCUGUUCAAGCCAACAGACAUGUCGGAAUUUCUGGAAGACCCGUCUGUGCUCACUAAAGAUAAGCUUAAAAGUGCGCUGUUGGCCCAUAACGUGGCUUUGCCGAAUGGCGACCAGAGGAAGGAUGUUUACGUGCAGCUGUACUUGAAGUAUCUGACCGCGCAAAACAAAAAGAGUAGCGGCUCUCCAGAUGUCUUUUCCAGCGACGAGGAUCUGCCUCCAGCCCCCGUGAUCUCCAACAGGAGCCGCUCUGGCAGGAAAGCCACUAGAAAAACGGACAAAGUUCGUCCAGAGGAUGUUGAUGUCACUGAAUUGAGCGAUGAGGGUUUGAAAGACCUGUUGCUGAAGUAUGGCCUGAAUGCUGGACCUAUUGUUGCGUCCACUCGUAAGGUGUACGAGAAGAGGCUUCAGAAGCUGCUGGAUCAGGGUCCUCCUGAAGCUGUGGCUCCUCUCUCAGAAACAUCCCAGACAGACGGCGGCCAGAAUGGCAACACAGACUCAGACCAGUACAGCGACAAGGAAGAAGAAACCGUAGCUCCAACCCCUGUGUCUCUGCCCGAACCUGAACCGGAAGUGGAGGUCGAACCCAUCCCAGUUGUGGAGAGACCAGUCAGGAGCCGAGGGAAAACGCCAGUGACCAGCAGGACACGCAGUAGUCAGCUUAACAAGGAGGAUAAGCAGGAGGACGAUUGGCCGGUUUUGAAUGUUAAGAGAAAGCCGAAGAGAUCUUCUCACAGGCUGGAUCAGAUGGUUCCCGCCAGCGACGACACCGAAAACUCUGAGCUCUCAUCUGCAGAGUACUUCCCUGUUUCGCAAGACAGGAGAAGAACAGGACAUGUGGCAGAAAGAAAAGAGCCGAGACCAUUGCUUAAAGACAGGACAUCACAGCUCUCGUCUAAGACUGAAUCUCUGAAGCGACGCAGCGCACCAGUCCGCUUGUUUCGGCCUGAUUUGAACGAGGCUCCCGCCACUGAUAAGGCAGUGCCAAAAGAACCCAAACCUUCGAAGCGGUCCUCCAUGUCUGCGACUGACUGGUCAGAAUCCCCUAAACAUCACAACUCUUCUUACCGCUCCACCAUAUCCAGUUCACAUGACGUUAGUCCAGUUUACAAGUUUGAUGAGAAUACCGCUUCCCCUCCGAUUAGGCAGCCCAAUCGAGAGCCGCUUGUUUCCCUUCUUAACACUGCUUGUGUUGAGGUUGAUGACCAGGGUAUGCAGGACAUCCUGAGCUGUAGACCUGCGAGCCGAGCUCCUGUGGCACAGGAAGUCAAAUCUGUCUCUGUAUCGAAGUACUCAAGGCCUCAUUUGAGUCAGAACAAACCCUUGACAGACAUGAGACUUGACUGCGAUGGCCAAAGAAAGGUUUUCCCAUCACACCCGCUUUUUUUUAGGGACUCCCGUGUGGCUCCAGAGGACUCUCUUCGUGUCUCGUUUGACCUUUCCCAGGGGAGCUGUGGCUCACCAGAAACCCUUCCCAAGACAAGACAGUCCAAAAUCACGCCUUUCCUCUCCCAAAUCACUUCUGUCCGAGGACUUGAUAGCAGCCAGACGGAGACACCAAAGAAGGAGAUGGUGGAAAAGAUGUCAGCCAUUGAUCAGACCCCGAGGACGGUAGAAAGAGAUCUGCUAAAAGAGAUCUUUCCCGAUGAAAACCUCAGCACUCCCACUGGAAUCAGUGCCACCUGUCGCCGGCCAAUCAGAGGAGCAGCUGGCCGGCCCCUGAAUGAGACCUGGCUGGACGAAUCCCGUCUCCGUCUCACAGAGUUCAGAGAAACCAGCUCCUCCUCCUACAAAGAGACCCGAUCAGUUCCACGCGUGUCCGCCAUCCCUCUAGCGGCUUCCAGACCUGCGGCGCCCCCUGCUGUGAAGACCAGAGCACGACGCAGCCUGCCUGUGUGGGUACAACUUGUGCUGCUGAGCGUGCUCGCUGGAUUCCUGUUCUUCGUCUACCAGGCCAUGGAAACUAAUGAGGUUGGACUCUUCAAGCAGAGCGGGGCCGUUGACGGCACUAGCAAAUGAACGUCAUGCGGCUCACCCAAGUCUUUGCCCUCUUUAUCAUACUCAGCCAGUACCUCCCUUUGAUUCUGCAGUCGUGGACUUUUAACUGAGAUCUUUAUAUAUUCAUACAAAGACAGAAACUCACCGAUUUUGCUUUUUUUUUUUUUUUCUCUGCUAUCAUACCCUCUUUGAGAUGAACUGGUUUAGAGGAAUGAAUCCUGGUUUUAAUUUUAAAAAUCACGUUUUUUGCCUUUGUAUGUUUGUGUGUUUUUCUUUGUUUUGUUUUUUUAUUAAUGAUAGUGUCGUCCUUAAGUCGGAAAUGCUGAAGGAGUUGGCUAAAUACACUUGUUUUGUUUGUGAACUACAUUUAGCGUCUACUUGUGACAAUAUUUUUGCAUUUAUUUUCACAUCUAGCGCUUUAAAGGUGCCACAUUCAUCUUAACGUUGAUGUAGUAUUUAUGUACAUGUUGUCGGAAUACAAAUAUUUUUCAAUAAACUGUUUUGCAAUGUAUUCUGGAAGAUAAGGUCAUUUCACUAUUUUAUUAUAGUUUUCAUCAUUUCAUUUUUGUUAUUUCAGGAUCUUGCAGGUGGUUUUAUAAAGCGUAACAUUUCAGCAAUUAACUAAUAACACCAACUGAAAGGGUUUGCAUCUAAAAAGCUUACAUUUGUUUGCUAAAAUUUCGAUUAUAUACACUGAAAUUUGGAAUAUAUACAUUAUAAAUUGUCAAUUUAAUCAACUUUUUUUAAAAGUAUGUCUUUGGAAACAAAUUUGUGUUAAUAAACGCAAGAACCUGAUACUUUAUGUAUUACAUUGGUCGAAUUGGACAAUGUGUAAACUGCCCAUUAUUUAGCCGUUUACUCUGCUUUAAAAACUGAUUUAAUAGCCUGAUUCUGUAUUUAUUUUACAUUAUAAGGUGCUGCAGAUUUGUGGGAUAAACCUGGGAGGGUUCAGAUACUUUUUAUGUAAAUGACAGAGUGUGGUUUAAUAAAGCCUUUUACCUCA